AGUCCUGAGGGGAGCGAAUGUUUUGUGUAGGGGCACGCGUGUCGCUGUGCGCAUGUGCAGGCCACCCCGCGAUUUUCGCCGCCGCUACUCCCUCCUGAGACCCUGGCUGUGUGGUCUAGCCGCGUUUGAACCGGAAGCGGGAAGGCGAGCGUGGAGAAACAGCUCCGCGGUCCACGGCGGCCCUAGCGCUCGGAUUGCAGCGAUAAUUAGCCACGUUCCAAAGUGAUGAUGUAGAGAAGAGUACUGUUAGUCCAGGAGUGACAGGUUCUGUCCAAACAUCCGGGAAGAAUCAGCUCCGCAGGUGUAAAUUGUUCACUGGAGUGGUUGCAAAGCAUCCAGAUAGGAGGAAAUACAAGUAAAGGCACCAAGUGUAGAAAGUUCCUGAAACUCCAGAGGAGCUCUGUUACUGAAGGAUACAGAAUUGUGAGGAUGUGUCUUCUGAAGUCGUAAGCCAUGAGUCUAGCACUUAAUGAUCUGCUUAUCUGCUGCCGGCAGCUGGAACACGAUAGAGCUACAGAACGAAGGAAAGAAGUGGAGAAAUUUAAGCGCUUGAUUCAGGAUCCUGAAACGGUUCACCAUUUAGAUCGGCAUUCAGAUUCCAAACAAGGAAAAUAUUUAAAUUGGGAUGCUGUUUUCAGAUUUUUACAGAAAUAUAUUCAAAAAGAAACAGAAUGUCUGAGAACAGCAAAAUCCAAUGUAUCAGUCUCAACACAAACCUCCAGACAGAAGAAGAUGCAAGAGCUCAGCAGUUUGGUCAGAUAUUUCAUCAAAUGUGCAAAUAAAAGAGCACCCAGGCUAAAAUGUCAAGAACUCUUGAAUUAUGUCGUGGAUACAGUGAAAGAUUCAUCUAAUGGUACUAUUUAUGGAGCUGAUUGUAGCAACAUACUCCUCAAAGACAUUCUUUCAGUGAGAAAAUACUGGUGUGAAAUAUCUCAGCAGCAGUGGCUAGAAUUGUUCUCUGUGUACUUCAGGCUGUAUCUCAAACCUUCACAAGACAUUAAUCGAGUUUUAGUGGCUAGAAUAAUUCAUGCUGUCACCAGAGGGUGCUGUACACAGACUGAUGGCUUAAAUUCAAAGUGUUUUGAUUUUUUUUCCACGGCUAUUCAGUAUGCAAGACAAGAAAAGAGCUCUGCAGGCCUAAGUCAUAUCUUAGCAGCCCUUAUCAUUUUCCUCAAGACUUUGGCUGUCAACUCUCGAAAACGAAUGUGUGAAUUAGGAGAAGAAAUUCUUCCUACUUUACUGUAUAUUUGGACUCAACAUAGACUCAAUGAUUCCUUAAAAGAAGCAAUAAUUGAAUUAUUUCAACUGCAAAUUUAUAUCCAUCAUCCACAAGGAGCCAAAACCAGUGAAAAAGGUGCUUAUGAAUCAACAAAAUGGAAAAGUAUCUUAUACAACUUAUAUGACCUGCUGGUGAAUGAGUUAAGUCAUAUAGGAAGUAGAGGAAAAUAUUCUUCAGGAUCUCGUAAUAUUGCUGUCAAGGAAAAUUUGAUUGCCCUAAUGGCAGAUAUUUGUCACCAGCUUUUUAAUGAAGAUAACCAGUCCGUGGAGACUUCUCAGUCCUCUGCUAUAACACAGCGAGAAUCUACCGAUUACAGUGUGCCUUGCAAGAGAAGGAAAAUAGAACUAGGCUGGGAAGUAAUAAAAGAUUAUCUUCAGAAAUCACAGAAUGAUUUUGAUCUUGUGCCUUGGCUACAGAUUACAGCCCAGUUAAUAUCAAAGUAUCCUUCUAGUUUACCUAAUUGUGAGCUGUCUCCAUUACUGUUGAUACUGUACCAGCUUCUACCUCAACAGCGACGUGGGGAACGCACACCAUAUGUGUUACGAUGCCUUAUGGAAAUUGCUGUGUGUCAAGGCAAGAAAUCAAGCCUAGAAAGCUCUCAAAAGUCAGAUUUAUUAAAACUCUGGCUUAAAAUUUGGUCUGUUACCUUUUGUGGUAUAAGUUCUGAACAAAUACAAACUGAAAACUUUGGUUUACUUCGGGCCAUUAUUCAAGGUAGUUUAGUGGAACUUGACAGAGAAUUCUGGAAGUUAUUUACUGGCACAGCCUGUAAACCUUCAAGUUCUUCAAUUUCCUGUCUUACUUUGGCCCUGACCACCUGUGUAGUUCCAGACACAAAAAAAAUGGAAACAGAGCAAAAUACAUGUGAAGUAAAUAGAAGUUUUUCUUUAAAGGAAUCAAUAAUGAGAUGGCUUUUGUUCUAUCAGUUAGAGGCUGACCUAGAAGACAGUACAGAAUUGCCUCCAGUUCUUCAGAGUUAUUUUCCUCAUCUUGGAGUGGAGAAAAUUCUUGUGAGUCUCAUUAUGAAAAACUCUAAAGCUGCAAUGAAUUUUUUCCAAAGUGUGCCAGAAUGUGAGCAGCACCAGAAAGAUAAAGAAGAGCCUUCGUUUUCAGAAGUAGAAGAACUAUUUCUUCAGACAACUUUUGACAAGAUGGAUUUUUUAAGCAGUGUGAAAGAAUGUGCUGUAGCGAAGUUUCAACUUAGCAUUGGCUUUUCUGUCCAUCAAAAUCUGAAGGAAUCAUUGGAUCGCUAUCUUCUGGGAUUAUCAGAACAGCUUCUAAAUAAUUACUCAUCUGAGAUUACCAGUUCAGAAGCACUUGUCCGAUGUUCAAGUCUUUUGGUUGGCGUCCUUGGCUGCUAUUGUUAUGUGGGCAUAACAACACAAGAGGAAGCAUAUAAAUCAGAAUUAUUCCAGAAGGCCAAGUCUCUAAUGCAGUAUGCAGGAGAAAGUAUUGCUCUGUUUAAAAAUAAGACAAAUGAAGAGUCUAGAAUUGGUUCUUUGAGAAACAUGAUUCAUCUGUGUUCAAAUUGCUUGUGUAGACAUACCAAGCAAAGUCCAAAUAAGAUUUCAUCUGACUUUUUCCUACGAUUGUUAACAUCAAAGCUUAUGAAUGACAUUGCAGAUAUUUGUAAAAGUUUAGCAUCCUGUACGAAAAAGCCAUUUGAUUAUGUAGACGUGCACUCAAUAGAAGAUGAUACAGAGGAAAAUCUAAUGGAGGCGCAGGGUUCAACAUCUAUGAGCAUGUUUAGUGAUUGUCCUGCUAGCACUGUGAGUGAUGCCAGUGAUUCUGGAGAGAACCAGAAUGCUAUUGGUGCUGUGAAUCCUUUAACUGAAGACUAUCUUUCAAAGUCAGAUCUACUGCUUUUAGACAUGCUCAGGUUCCUGUGCAUGUGUGUAACUGCAUCCCAUACCAAUGCUAUGUCUUUUAGAUCAGCUGAUAUUCGAAGAAAAUUGUUAAUUCUUCUUGAUUCUAGCACACUCGAUCUUACUAAACCCCUCCACCUACACAUGUACUUAGUGCUUCUAAAGGAUCUCCCUGGAGAUGAGUAUCCUUUGCCAAUGGAAGAUGUUAUUGAACUUCUGAAACCACUAUCCCAUGUGUGUUCUUUGCAUCGUCGUGAUCAAGAUGUUUGUAAAUCCAUUUUAAACCAUGUCCUUCAUGUUGUGACAAACCUAGGACAAGGUAGUCUGGACCUUGAGAACACAAGGGAUGCUCAAGGACAGUUCCUGACAGUGGUUGGAGCAUUUUGGCAUCUGACAAAGGAGCAGAAAUGUGCAUUCUCUGUAAGAAUGGCCUUAGUAAAAUGUCUUCAAACACUGCUUGAGGCUGAUCCAUAUUCAAAGUGGGCUAUUCUUAACGUAAUGGGAGAAGACUAUCCUAUAAAUGAAGUAUUUCCACAAUUCCUUGCCGAUGAUCAUCACCAAGUUCGAAUGUUGGCUGCAGGGUCAAUCAAUAGAUUAUUCCAGGAGAUGAAGCAAGGAGAUUCCUUCAGGUGUUUGAAAGCACUUCCUUUGACGCUCCAGCAAACAGCUUUUGAAAAUGCAUACAUGAAGGCUCGGGAAGGGUUGCACAGUGCUCAGAACCUUGACCUUCCGGAUGAGAUUUAUAAUAGAAAGUCUGUUUUGCUGAUGGUGAUAGCUGUGGUCCUACACUGCAGCCCUGUCUGUGAAAAGCAGGCGUUGUUUGCCUUGUGCAAAUCUGUGAAGGAGAAUGGAUUAGAACCUCACCUUGUGAAAAAGGUUUUAGAGAAACUUUCUGAAGCAUUUGGAUACAGACGUGUGGAAGAUUUCAUGGCUUCCCAUUUAGACUACCUGGUUUCAGAGUGGCUAAACCUUCAAGACACUGAAUGCAGUUUAUCCUCUUUUCCUUUUAUCUUACUGAACUACACAAGUGUUGAGGAUUUCUAUAGGUCUUGUUACAAAGUUUUGAUUCCACAUUUGGUGAUCAGAAGUCAUUUUAAUGAGGUGAAGUCCAUUGCUAAUCAGAUUCAAAAGGAAUGGAGAACUCUUCUGAUAGACUGCUUUCCAAAGAUUCUUGUAAACAUUCUUCCUUAUUUCGCCUAUGAGAGUACAGGAGACAGUAGCAUAACACAAAAAAGAGAGACUGCCGCCAAGGUCUAUGACAUCCUUAAAGAUGAAAACUUACUUGGAAAGCAGAUUGACCACUUAUUCAUUAGUAAUUUACCAGAGAUUGUGGUGGCGUUACUGAUGACAUUACAUGAAACAGCUAAUUCUGGUACCAGUGAGAGCACUGAGCUCUGUGACUUUUCAGGAGAUUUGGAGCCUUCUCCUAAUCCACCAUAUUUUCCAUCUCAUGUUAUUAAAGCAACAUUUGCCUACAUCAGCAAUUGUCAUAAAACCAAACUUAAAAGCAUUUUAGAAGUUCUUUCCAAAAGCCCAGAUUCCUAUCAGAAGAUUCUUCUGGCCAUUUGUGAGCAAGCAGCUGAGACAAAUAGUGCAUAUAAAAAACACAGAAUUCUUAAGAUAUAUCACCUGUUUGUUAGCUUAUUACUGAAAGACAUAAAAAGCGGCUUGGGAGGUGCUUGGGCCUUUGUUCUUCGAGAUGUUAUUUAUACUUUGAUUCACUCUGUCAACAAAAGGCCUUCUUUCAUGGAUGUGUCAUUACAUAGCUCUUCCCUUUGUUGUGACCUUUUAAGUCGAGUUUGUCGCACUGCAGUAACUCACUGCAAGGAUGCUCUAGAAAACCAUCUUCAUGUUAUUGUUGGUACACUUAUACCCCUUGUGGAUGAUCAGGAGGUUCAAGAACAGGUAUUGGACCUGUUGAAAUACCUUGUGAUAGACAACAAGGACAAUGAAAGCCUUUAUCUCACCAUUAAACUUUUAGAUCCUUUUCCUGACCGUGUUGUUUUUAAGGAUUUGCGAACUACUCAGCAGAAAAUCAAAUACAGUAGAGGACCCUUCUCACUCUUGGAGGAAAUUAACCAUUUUCUCUCAGUAAGUGUUUAUGAUGCACUUCCACUGACAAGGCUUGAAGGACUAAAGGACCUUCGAAGACGGCUGGAACAGCAUAAAGAUCAGAUGACAGAUCUCCUGAGCACAUCUCAGGAUAACCCACAAGAUAGCGUCGUGGUGAAGCUAGUUGUCAACUUAUUGCAGUUAUCCAAGAUGGCAGUGAACCAGACCGGUGAACGAGAAGUUUUAGAGGCCGUUGGAAAGUGUUUGGGAGAAAUAGGUCCUAUGGAUUUCUCUACUAUAGCUAUACAGCAUAAUAAAGACACAUCUUAUGCCAAAGCCCUUGUGUUAUUUGAAGAUAAAGAACUUCAGUGGACCUUAAUAAUGCUGACCUCCUUAAAUAACACACUGAUUGAAGAUUGUGUCAGAGUUCGAUCAGCUGCUGCUAUGUGUUUGAAAAACAUUUUGGCUACAAAGACUGGACAUAGUUUCUGGGAGAUUUAUAAGAAGACAACAGAUCCUGUGCUGACCUAUCUACAGCCUUUUAGAACAUCAAGGAAAAAGUUUUUAGAACUACCUGAGUUUGUUAAAGAAAACCCUCUAGAAUGCCUGGAUGAUGUCAGUCUGUGGAUUCCUCAAAGUGAAAAUCAUGACAUUUGGAUAAAGACACUGACCUGUGCAUUUUUGGACAGUGGAGGCAUAAAAAGUGAAAUUCUUCAAUUAUUAAAGCCAAUGUGUGAAGUGAAAACUGACUUUUGUCAGACUGUGCUGCCAUACUUGAUUCAUGAUAUUUUACUCCAAGAUACAAAUGAGUCAUGGAGAAACCUGCUGUCUACACACAUUCAAGGAUUUUUUACCAGCUGUCUUAGACACUUGUCACAAGCAAGCCGAUCAGCAACUCCUGCAAAUUCAGACUCGGAGUCAGAGCACCUUUUCCGAUGCUGUUUGGGUAAAAAAUCACAACGAACAAUGCUUGCUGUUGUAGACUAUAUGAGGAGACAGAAGAGGCCUUCUUCAGGAACAGUUUUUGAUAAUGCUUUCUGGCUGGAUUUGAAUUAUCUUGAGGUAGCAAAGGUGGCUCAGUCUUGUGCUGCACACUUCACAGCAUUGCUUUAUGCAGAAAUCUAUGCGGAUAAGAAAAGCUUGGACGAUCAAGAGAAAAGAAAUGUUCUUAUGAUAAACAGAAGUCUUACAUUUGAAGAAGGAAGUCAAGGUACAACUAUUUCUAGUUUGAGUGAGAAAAGUAAAGAAGAAACUGGAAUAAGUUUACAGGCUCUUCUCUUAGAGAUCUACAGAAGCAUCGGAGAGCCAGACAGCCUGUAUGGCUGUGGUGGAGGAAAAAUGUUACAACCCCUCACUCGAAUACGAACAUAUGAACAUGAAGCAAUGUGGGGAAAAGCCUUAGUAACAUAUGACCUUGAGACUGCAAUCUCCCCCUCGGCCCGCCAGGCAGGAAUAAUUCAGGCCUUGCAGAAUUUGGGACUCUGCCAUAUUCUUUCCGUGUAUUUAAAAGGAUUAGAUCAUGAAAACAGAGAGUGGUGUGCUGAACUACAGGAACUCCAUUACCAAGCAGCAUGGAGGAAUAUGCAGUGGGACCUUUACAGUGCUGCAAACCAAGAACUAGAAGGAACCAGUUACCACGAAUUGUUGUACAAUGCUCUGCAGUCUCUAAGAGACAGAGAAUUCUCCACAUUUUAUGAAAGUCUCAGAUAUGCCAGAGUUAAAGAAGUUGAAGAGUUGUGUAAAGGCAGUCUUGAAUCUGUAUAUUCACUGUACCCAACACUUAGUAGAUUGCAGGCAAUUGGAGAGCUGGAAAACAUCGGGGAACUUUUCUCAAGGUCUGUAACAGACAGACAACUCUCUGAAGUAUACUCAAAGUGGCAGAAACACUCCCAGCUUCUGAAGGACAGUGACUUCAGUUUUCAGGAGCCCAUCAUGGCUCUACGCACAGUCAUUUUGGAGAUCCUGGUGCAAAAGGAAAUGGAGUACUCCCAAAGAGAAUGCUUUAAGGACAUUCUCACCAAACACCUGGUGGAAUUCUCUAUUCUGGCCCGAACUUUCAAGAACACUGAGCUCCCUGAGAGGGCAAUUUUUCAAAUCAAGCAAUAUAAUUCAGCUGUUUGUGGAGUCUCUGAGUGGCAUUUGGAGGAAGCACAAGUAUUCUGGGCAAAAAAGGAGCACAGUCUUGCCCUAAGUAUUCUCAAGCAAAUGAUCAAGAAGUUGGACUCCAGCUGUAUAGAGAAUGAUGCCAGUCUAAAACAUAUAUAUGCAGAAUGUCUGAGGGUUUGUGGCAACUGGUUGGCAGAAACUUGCUUAGAAAAUCCUGCAGUCAUCAUGCAGACCUAUCUAGAAAAGGCAGUGGAAGUUGCUGGAAGUUAUGAUGGUGAAAGUGAUGAGCUCAGAAAUGGACAGAUGAAGGCAUUUCUCUCAUUAGCACGAUUCUCUGAUACUCAGUACCAGAGAAUUGAGAACUACAUGAAAUCUUCAGAAUUUGAAAACAAGCAAGCUCUCUUAAAAAGGGCUAAAGAGGAAGUAGGUCUUCUAAGAGAACAUAAAAUUCAGACUAACAGAUACACAGUAAAGGUUCAGCGAGAACUGGAACUCGAUGAAUGCGCACUCCGAGCACUGAAAGAGGAUCGUAAGCGCUUCUUAUGUAAAGCAGUUGAAAACUACAUCAACUGCUUAUUAAGUGGAGAAGAACAUGAUAUGUGGGUAUUUCGACUUUGUUCCCUCUGGCUUGAAAAUUCUGGAGUUUCUGAAGUCAAUGGCAUGAUGAAGAGAAAUGGAAUGAAGAUUUCAUCUUAUAAAUUUUUGCCUCUUAUGUAUCAAUUGGCUGCUAGGAUGGGGACCAAAAUGAUGGGAGGCCUGGGAUUUCAUGAAGUCCUCAAUAAUCUGAUCUCUAGGAUUUCAAUGGAUCAUCCUCAUCAUACUUUGUUUAUUAUACUGGCCUUAGCCAAUGCAAACAAAGAUGAGCUUUUGAGCAAACCAGAGGCAGCAAGAAGGAGUAGAAUGAUAAAAAGUGCACCUAAGGAAAGCUCUGCGCUUGACGAGGAUCGAAUAGAGGCUGCAAACAAAAUAAUAUACACUAUCAGAACUAGGAGAUCCAAGAUGGUGAAGAACGUGGAGACCCUCUGUGAUGCUUACAUCAUAUUGGCAAACUUGGAUGCCUCUCAGUGGAGGUCUCAGAGAAAGGGCAUCAGUAUUCCAGCUAACCAACCAAUCACUAAACUUAAGAAUUUAGAAGAUGUUGUUGUUCCUACUAUGGAAAUUAAGGUGGAUCCCACAGGAGAGUAUGGAAAUCUGGUGACUAUACAGUCAUUUAAGUCAGAAUUUCGUUUAGCAGGAGGCUUAAAUUUACCCAAGAUAAUAGACUGUGUGGGCUCUGAUGGCAAGGAGAGGAGGCAGCUUGUCAAGGGCCGUGAUGACCUAAGACAAGAUGCUGUCAUGCAGCAGGUUUUUCAGAUGUGUAAUUCAUUACUACAGAGGAACACUGAAACCAGGAAGAGGAAACUGACCAUCUGCACAUACAAGGUGGUUCCCCUCUCUCAGCGAAGUGGUGUUCUUGAGUGGUGCAUAGGAACUGUCCCCAUUGGUGAAUAUCUUGUUAACAAUGAAGAAGGUGCUCAUACAAGAUACCGGCCAAAUGAUUUCAGUGCCAUUCACUGCCAAAAGAAAAUGAUGGAGGUGCAAAAGAAAUCUUUUGAAGAGAAAUAUGAGAUCUUUAUGACUGUUUGCAAAAACUUUCAACCAGUUUUCCGUUACUUCUGCAUGGAAAAAUUCUUGGACCCAGCUGUUUGGUUUGAGAAACGAUUGGCUUAUACCCGCAGUGCGGCCACUUCUUCUAUUGUUGGUUACAUCCUUGGACUUGGUGAUAGGCAUGUACAGAAUAUCUUGAUAAAUGAACAGUCAGCAGAACUUGUACACAUAGACUUGGGGGUUGCUUUUGAGCAGGGGAAAAUCCUUCCUACUCCAGAAACGGUGCCUUUUCGACUCACCAGGGAUAUCGUGGAUGGCAUGGGCAUCACUGGUGUUGAGGGUGUCUUCAGAAGAUGCUGUGAGAAGACCAUGGAAGUUAUGCGUAAUUCCCAGGAAACUCUGUUAACCAUCGUAGAGGUCCUUUUGUACGAUCCACUCUUUGACUGGACCAUGAACCCUUUGAAAGCUUUGUAUUUACAGCAGAGGCCGGAAGAUGAAACUGAGCUCCAGUCUACCCUGAAUGCAGACCACCAAGAAUGCAAACAAAAUCUUAGUGACAUGGACCAGAGUUUCAACAAAGUAGCUGAACGUGUCUUGAUGAGGUUGCAAGAGAAGCUGAAAGGAGUGGAGGAAGGCACCGUGCUCAGUGUGGGUGGACAGGUCAACCUGCUCAUCCAGCAGGCCAUGGAUCCCAAAAACCUCAGCCGACUUUUCCCAGGAUGGAAAGCUUGGGUGUGAUCUUCAGCCUAUGAAUUACCUUUGAACUCAGCAUUUAGAAAUUACAUCUCACCAAAUUUGGGUAAAGAUUAUUUACAUGAAGAACUCUAUUUGAACUGAUAUGUAUUCUUUGAUUUGGUAACACCCAAAGCUGCUUUGAUGAUUGUCCAAGAACAUUUCUGCUCUCAUAUAUUAGAAGUAAUAGUUAUUAUCUACUUCCAGUCUUAGUGUUGAACCUGAAGAUUGCACAUGUAUUGUUUUCAGUAGGAUCCUGGGCUUGUACGUUAGCUGUCAUACUUGUUUUCAGUAAGACUACAGUAUGUGCCUAAGCUGAGAGCAGUGGAACCAGAGAGGGACAGUUCUGCCUUCGGUAUGCGUUAGAGCAAACAAGUGUUCUCUGCUUUGAGCUGCUUUUAGUAAUGAAAACAUGUUUUCUAGAUAAUGUGUAUACACAUGCAAAUAUAUGUGAUGAAUUAAUAUUACAAGAAAGGAAAACUUAAAAUUCUGUAUAUAUCAUGAGAAACCUACAUUAAAAUGAAUGCUGGGUUGGGGGUAUGGCUCAGUGUGGCACACUUGCCCAACAUGUAUGAGGGCCUGUGUGUUCAAGACGAGAGUUAUAAAUUUUUAAAAAAAGAAAGCAUCUUGAAAACAACAUAAUACAGAUUGAGCAUCCUUAAUCCAAAUCCAAAAUAUAAAAUGUUCUGAUAGCUACACUUUCUGUCAUACUGGGCACAUUUCAUAUUUCAGGUUAGGGAUGCUUAGCCUGGUAGUCUACAUAAAUAUUCAAACUCUGAAAAUGCCCCAAAUCUGAAGCAUAUCUUGGGUCCCAAGCAUUUUUGAAUAAGGGAUUCUGAAUCUGUAUUUUAAGAUGUAUUUUAACUUUCAGUAGCAAGUUCAGGCAGAGUUACCAUAUAAUGAAGGUGUUAGGAGAAACAACUUUCAAAGACCCAGCUAGUGCAGUUACUGGUUUUUAAUGAGCAUUGGCCCUGUUCAUUCUAUUCUCUUUGUCGCCUAAGCCCUUUUAGAUUUCUGGUUGCUUUAUUUUUUCCUCACAUAUUGUUUCUUAGUUUAUGAAUUCAGUUAACAUUCUUUCAUCUUCUCUUAAACCUGUUCAUUGGGUUUUUUCAAAAGUUUGUUUUCAGGACUGGAGAAGAUGGCUCAGCAAUUUUAUUACUAGAGUAAAUCAGAAUGUAUGAAUUUAGACUGUCUUUAAGAAAGUGUUGACAAUGUCAUGUUGACUGUCAUAGUGCACACCUAAAGUGUAACAAAUCGGCUAAUGAUGGCCUAGCUAAACGAAUCUGUAGAUAUUCUUAUCAGUGGCUUUAAAAGUACCAAAUUUGCAUCUAAACCUAGAAGCAGCUAAUUGAAACCUGAAAUAUUUAAGAUUAGAAAAUACUUGACAAGCUGGAACACUGUUGGAAAAAUGGCACCAGGAGCCAAAGAAGUGGUUAGACUUAUAGGAAUUAACCAAAUAGUUCUUUCAUGCUGAGUGCCUGUCAUGGAUUUCAGCCUCCUUUAGCCUUGUAGAAGAACCUUCCAAGAUUAGUAAUGAUGUCCCAGUACAGAGUCAGAGGAAGUGAAGGCUGGAAAAGUGAGGCCAAUGGUUCAAAGCUAGAAGCAGUGGCAGGUCCAAGUAUAACAUGAUCCCUCUCUUCUAUUGAAGAGAUUGUAGAUGAAAAGAAUGGCUAGUUGCUCACAAAUCAGUGAAAAGCAAUUAGAGAAACUGCUAGAAACAGAAAUAAAUUGGCCUGCUUGACUUUUGUCCAGAGUAAGGGUGGCAUUAGCCCUCCAUCCAUCUGUGCUGUCAUACCUCCUCAAGGUGGCCCCUAAUCAGGUCCUAAAUCUGAGGUCAUCAUAGUGUAUACCUAAAAUGUGAGAUGAUUAUGCACUUCAAAACUGGUUAUAAAUGAAAUAUGGCAAAGGAAAUAAAAGCAAACAGGAAGAACUUUGGACAUCUUAGAGUUUAGAAUGGACUAAUCUUGUAAGGAGAGGGCCAGGGCACUGGUUUGAAAUAGAAAAGUGCCAUUUCAAGUAUUUCAAGAGCUUAAUGGAAUUCAAAUUCUUAAUGGAGUUACGUAUUUUAUGUAGAUUUGUUUAGUACUACUAAGUAUAUUCCUUGGUUACACUGUUACCUGAAUAUGUUAUAAAAUGUUUUGAAUAAAUAACUAUAAAGUAUA